UUGUCAUUGUUCUUCUCCCCAUCUCUCAUUUCCCAUUUCAGAGUUCGUCUUUUCACAUUCUUGAGAUCACGGUGCCCAAAGUAUACAUACUUUCCACAACCUACUAGUCAUGUCUUCUUCAAAGAAACCCUCAUUCUAUUGGAGACGAAAUACUCAAUUUAUUGGAUAUGAAAGUAAGCUAUCGCGCCCCCCUUCUAGAUCCCUGUUCAACCGCACAAGGAGUGAUAACCAAAAGGAAGAAAUAUACGGAGAAAUUAUAUCACGCGCCCCUUCUAGAUCCUUUGUCAACCGCACAAGGAGUGAUAGACACAAUGAAAAGUUAGAUGGAGCAAUCGCACUUUCUUUAGUAUCGCGGGUGCCUUCAAAAUCCUUG